CUGCCAGAAUGCCAGAGGAAAGUUCGCCAAAGCGGAGUCCUCAAAACGUACCAUACAAGGACCUGCCCCACAUUGUCAACGCUGAUGGGCAGCAUCUCUUCUGCAGGUAUUGGAAGCCAGCAGCAACUCCCAGGGCCCUCGUGUUCAUCGCUCACGGCGCUGGGGAGCACUGCGGCCGCUAUGAUGAGUUGGCUCAGAAGCUGACAGGACUUAACUUGUUUGUUUUUGCCCAUGACCAUGUUGGCCAUGGGCAGAGCGAGGGCGAUCGUAUGGUUGUCUCAGAUUUCCACGUCUUCAUCAGAGACAGCUUGCAGCACAUUGAUCUCAUGAAGAAAGAGCACCCCGAGCUGCCCAUUCUCAUCCUGGGGCACUCCAUGGGGGGAGCCAUCUCCAUCCUGACAGCCAGUGAGAGACCCAGUGAGUUUUCAGGCAUGCUGUUAAUCUCCCCUUUAGUGGUAGCCAGCCCAGAAGUCGCCACUCCCAUCAAGGUUUUUGCAGCGAAAGUGCUCAACUUGGUUCUCCCAAACCUGUCUCUGGGAUCGAUAGAUCCAAAUGCAAUUUCCCGGAACAAGAAGGAG